CCCGCCAAAGCCCUCCCGGCGCGCAGGCGGCGGCUCGCGUGACGUCACGGCCGUCCUGGCGUCACUUCCGGCCGGGCCGGGCGCCGCGCGACGGUGGCCGGCGGGUGCGGCGCGGGGACGUGCGCGCCAUGCAGCUCCCUCCCGCGCUCUUCUCUCGCUUGGCAGCGGGGCCCGGGGCGGCCGAGCCGCUGCCUGUGGAGCGGGACCCCGCGGCCGGGGCCGCGCCCUUCUGCUUCGCGGCUCGCCGGCUGCGCUUCCCGCGGGAGCACGAGUUCUUCGAGGAUGGGGACGUGCAGCGGCACCUGUACCUCCAGGACGUGCUCAUGCAGGUGACCGAGGUGCCGGAAAGGCCGAGGGUGGCCGAGUUUCCCUGCCAGGUGGCUGGCUGCCGCCAGCUGUUCGACACACUGCAGGCCUAUGAGCACCACUACCACGCGCUGCACGAGAACGUCUGCGCCUCCUGCAAGCGGGCCUUCCCCUCCAGCCACCUGUUGGACACCCACAUCCUGGAGUGGCACGACGCACUGUUCCAGGUCCUGUCUGAACGGCAGGCCAUGUACCAGUGCUUGGUGGAAGGCUGUACCGAGAAGUUCAGGAGCAGCAGAGACAGGAAGAAUCACCUGGUGACAAGUCACCUCUACCCCGCAGACUUCCGGUUCGACAGGCCCCGGAAAGGCCAGGGGUGUGCGAGUCCUACUGCCCCGUGUGUGCCGACAGGAGCCCUAGGUGGUGACGGGGAGCGGUCCGAAGGGGAUGCCAUGGAAGUCUGCUCUGCACACACAGCACCCCCCGCAGAGCCUGGCCGCAGAAUUCCCUCCGUAAUCUGUUUUGGACAAGGAGCAUCACGAGGGUUUAAAAGCACCAAGAAAAGGGGUAAACGUGUGUGAUGGUCAACACAGAAAGCCAGGCCCAGAGCCAGCCUGAAGUCAGAAGCCAGCCUCACUCAGCGUCUGGGGUGGACGCCCCAGGCCCAGCCUCACUCCCUCCCUCCCCAUCUGAAGGGACUGAAGCGGCAGUGCCCUGUGGUCUGGAAUGCCCUCCAGGAGGGUCUCGAGUGAGCACAUAAAGGCCGUGUCAUCCCGCGCUCUCGGACUCAAGCUGUGUCUGUUCUCCGCAGUGCCAUGGCAGAAGGACUCGGGGCCCGGGGCAGGGACCCUCUGUUCCGAGAGAGGGGGAGGGGCGCCCGGCCUCUCUCUUGAGAGCCCCGAUCUGUCAGCGUGGCUGAGGUGUGCCUGGGUCUGAAGCGGAAGGGGCAGACUGUGGGAUCCCUGCCCCGGGAGUUCUGACCCCCCCAUGCUGGGAGAGGCCUGUGGGCACGGGUCUGCACAUGGCUGGAUGGCACAAGUGGCCCCAAAGCAAGAGGGGCAGAAAGGGCCAGAGAGGCUGGUCCAGGGGAUGAAAUGCCACCGGAGUUCCCACUCGACACAUCUGCACAGAAGCCCCAGGUGGGGACAGCCCGGGAGACGUUCUGGAACCCACUCAUUGUGUCCCUUUCCGGUGUCACUGGACCUCAUUGCGGAUAUGUGUCCUGAGCUGUCCCCCUCUGCCUCCUCCGCUUCCCCCCAAUAAAGGGAGA